UCCAAAGAAAAAUGAUUAGGACGUAAUAUGUAAAUACAGUAUUACCACAGAACGACGAGAUAUAAUUCACUGGAUUUAUAAAUAUGAAGCAUCCGCUUGGCGUUUCCACUAAACUACCAAAUUUGGUAGUGGAGAGGAAGCUCAGCCGCCGGCCAGUGGGAGAAGAUGGGUGAAAAAUUUGAUUUUGGCCUACAUUCUGAACAUAUUCUCAUCGAUGAAACAUUUACUCUCAAUACAGUUUUCUAUUCCCAAAGAUGUAAUCUGUUAUGAACAGAGUGGACUACAUUUAGUAGAUUUUACACUUUGCCAGAGUUUAAAAAAAAAAAUCCGUUGUUUAAAAGGAGCACAAAGGCGAAUUGAGUUAUUGCACAAGUGUACUUCACAUAGUAACCGUUUCCUACCGGAAAUAUGCAAAUGUCUGCUAGAACGAGCCAAUAGGACCUCGCUAGCUCGUGCUUGGCUCUGCCCAUCUAUUUGCUUGUUCUACCCACCAUGACGCAUCUGUUCCCAUUGGAAACGGCAGGCUGUGGUCUAUUUUGGUUUAGUUAUACACAUAUUUGGUAUUGCAUGAUGUCUCUUCAAAGAAACACUCCUGUCCCACAUGUCAUGAUGUCCUCAUCACGUCCCCAUGCUAUCACACAUCUGUAGUACCUCAUCAACACAAUGAUCAACUUCGUUUAUUAUAAUGGGGAACGUGCAUUUUUCUCAACAAAUGCUCAGAAAGUUUGUGUUGUGUAACCCUGCUACUUCAUAUACUGCAACCGCAUUUGAGAUAAAAUCCCUGUCCAAACCUCGGUGUGGCAUAUCAAGAAACUGAUUAAACAGCAUGAUCAUUACACAGGUGGACCUUGUGCUGAGGCAUCGGGUGAUUUCCUACAGUUUGAUCAGUUUAAAGAAAGAGUAGCACUCAGACACGCAAAUAUACAAGACGAAGAGAAACGUGGGGGUGUCUGCGAUGGCAGGUGGACAGAGAGGGGUCAACCGCACUGCUUACUGCAGGUCUCCAAUAAACAGUGAGCCAGGCUCGGUCAGCAAUGACAACCACUCUACCAGCUCCCCAGUCACAGGUGUUUGCUCUCGGACAAGCCCUGUGUGUUGUACCGUUAGGAUUGGCUCGGGUACGAGCCUAUCCAGUCCCCCGUUGGCAGCCCAGACCGUGGUUCCUGUGAAGCACUGUAAGAUCCCAGAGUUAUCCAUGGACACAAAACGUUCUGUUCAAGCUGCACUUGUUCUUCUGCCACCCCAGUGCCCUCUUUGUCCAGUAUGUCAACAUCUACAAGACUGUGUGGUGGUACCCCCACUCACACCCUCCCUCACACACCUCGCUGAACUUCUACCUCUAUUCAGUCAUCAUACUGGCUCGCAGGCUGAUUGCAGCGAUUGUAAAAGAGUUUGGGAUGUACAUUCCCCUUUUCUGGUUAAACUGCUACUUCUGCCGGGUGGGGCCACUCUCGCCCAUCACUAGUAUUGGGUCGAAGGAGCUGGGCAGCGUGGGGUGCCGCCGUGACUACAUGACGGCUCUGAAGGAGACGUGGAAGCAGCACACCAGCCAGCUGUACGGGGUCCAGGCCAUGCCCACACGCGCCUGCUGCCUCUCCCCAGACCUCAUCCGCAAAGAGGUGGAGUACCUGAAGAUGGACUUCAACUGGAGGAUGAAGGAGGUGCUGGUCAGCUCCAUGCUCGGUGCCUACUACGUGGCCUUCGUACCUGUAUGGUUUGUUAAGAGCACACAAUGCGUGGACAAGCGUUGGUCCUGUGAGCUCUUCAUCCUGGUGUUUGUCAGUACCUCAGUCAUCCUCAUGAGGCACCUGCUGCCCCCACGCUACUGUGACCUGCUCCAUAAGGCUGCAGCACACCUGGGCAGCUGGCACAACGUGGACCCUUCUCUCUGUUCCAACGUCCUGCAGCACAUAUGGACGGAAGAGUACAUGUGGCCCCAGGGUGUCCUGGUCAAACACAAUAAAAAUGUAUACAAGACCAUAGGGCACUACAAUGUGGCUGUCCCCUCAGACGUCUCCCACUAUCGCUUUUAUUUUUUCUUCAACAAGCCCUUACGAAUAUUGAACAUCCUCAUCAUCUUGGAAGGUGCGAUGAUAUUCUACCAGCUCUACUCGUUGAUAUGCUCAGAAAGGUGGCAUCAGACAAUAUCCUUGGCUUUAAUUCUCUUCAGCAACUACUAUGCCUUCUUCAAGCUUCUCAGAGACAGAAUCAUCUUAGGCAAGGCACACUCAUACUCCAAUAGCUCACCUGACCAGAAAUUAAGUUAAAGAUGUAAGUUAUUGCUGGUAAUUUGUCUUGGACCAAGAAAACACGCAUGCGAGCUUUGUAUUUUUCCUACAACUGUAUUUUGUAUCACUGUUUUUGUUCUGAGCUGCCAUAAUAAAAAAUAAACAUAUUUUUG